AAAUUUCGAAACACCAAUGAAAGUUUCAAGGUUUUACACGACCCAACGAGGAAGGCGAAGAAGAAGAAGAAGAAAAAGAGGGAGCAAUCGUGGCUUUUUGCAGGCGGUUCCAAAAUCCCAAGUUUAACCCAUGACAGCAUUUAGAUCAAACCUGAUAAAACAAUGUGCAAGUUUAAUAGUCUCUGAAUCCCCAAAACCAAAAGAACUCCUCAGUUUCCACCUGAACCCCCCAAGUUUCAUAGAUGCCCGCAUCAUCAAGACGGGCUUUGAUCCCAACACCUACCGCUCUAAUUUUCAGCUCAAUGACUUGCUAAAACGAGGCAAGUUAUGUCAAGCACGGCAGGUGUUUGAGCAGAUGCCUCAGAAGAAUACUUUUUCAGUAAACCUGAUGAUUUCCAGUUAUGUCAACUGUGGCAGUCUUUCUAAGGCCAGAGAGUUGCUUGAUAGCAUGGCUGAGCGUACAGCUGUUACAUGGACGAUAUUGAUAGGUGGGUAUUCACAAGCUGGUCAAUACCGUGAAGCGUUUAAACUGUAUCGUGAGAUGCAUCGGUGGGGAACUAAGCCAGAUUAUGUGACUUUUGCAACUCUAUUAUCUGGAUGCAGCAACAUGGAUGCUACAAAGGAAUUAGUUCAGGUUCAUUGUCAUAUCCUUAUAUUGGGAUAUCAUUCUACACUCAUGGUCUGUAAUUCUUUGGUUGAUUCCUACUGCAAAUCACAUUGCCUGGCUUUUGCUUCUCGGGUUUUCAAGGAAAUGCCUGAGAGAGAUGCUGUUACAUUCAAUGCAUUGAUAACAGGGUACUCGAAGGAUGGGUUGAAUGAAGAUGCUAUUAACCUCUUUGCUAAAAUGCAAAAUCUGGGUUACAAGCCUUCUGACUUUACAUUUGCAGCAGUACUUUGUGCUGGUAUCAGUUUAGAUGACAUUGUUUUUGGUCUUCAGGUUCAUGGUUCAGUUGUUAAGACUAAUUUUGUUUGGAAUGUUUUUGUGGGAAAUGCAUUGCUCGAUUUCUACUCAAAGCAUGACUAUGUGGUUGAAGCAAGGAAACUUUUUGAGGAGAUGCCAAAAUUGGAUUGUAUUUCUUACAAUAUAAUCAUUUCCUCCUAUGUAUGGGACGGGCAAUUCAAAGAGGCUCUUGUUUUUUUCCGUAAAUUGCAGUGUACCAAAAAUGACCGAAAGCAAUUCCCUUUUGCAACCAUGUUGAGCAUUGCAGCGAGUACUAUGAACAUAAAUGUGGGCCGGCAGAUCCAUUCCCAGGCCAUUGUAGCAACAGCUGACUCAGAACCUCAGGUUGGAAAUUCUUUGGUUGACAUGUAUGGCAAAUGUGGCAAAUUUACUGAAGCAAGAAGAAUAUUUGCUAGUAUGGCUGUCAGAAGUACGGUGCCGUGGACUGCACUCAUCUCAGCAUAUGUUCAGAAGGGGCUCCAUGAAGACGGCCUGGAACUGUAUAAUGAGAUGCGCAGAGUAAAUAUUAGUCCCGACCAGGCCACAUUUGCAUGCAUCUUGAGAGCCUCUGCAAAUUUGGCUUCACUGUCUCUAGGAAAGCAGUUACACUCAUCAGUCAUCAUGUUAGGAUUCAUAAGCAACGUGUUUCCUGCAAGUGCACUUCUAGACAUGUAUGCGAAAUGUGGGUCCAUGAAAGAUGCUCUUCAGACCUAUACAUUUGAAGAGAUGCCAAAGAGAAAUGUUGUAUGUUGGAAUGCCCUGAUCUCAGCUUAUGCACAGAAUGGUGACGGUAAAGGGACUUUAAGAUCGUUUGAAUGGAUGGUUCGGUCAGGUUUUUCACCAGAUUCUGUUAGCUUCUUGAGCGUUUUAACUGCUUGUAGCCACUGUGGGCUUGUUGAAGAAGGAUUACAUUACUUCAACUCCUUGAUACAUAACUCUAACAUUGUUCCAAAGAGAGAACACUAUACAUCAAUCGUGGAUGUGCUGUGUCGAAGUGGGAGAUUUGAUGAAGCAGAGAAGUUAAUGGCUCAAAUACCAUUUGAGCCCGAUGAGAUUAUGUGGUCGUCUGUACUAAGCUCGUGCAGAAUCCAUAAGAAUCAAAAAUUGGCAGAGAGAGCCGCAAACAGACUUUUCAAUAUGGCUGAGCUUAGGGAUGCAGCUGCUUAUGUCAACAUGUCAAACAUUUAUGCAGAAAUAGGUGAGUGGGAGAGUUUGAGGGAGGUGAAGAAGGCGAUGAGGGAGAGGGGAGUGAGAAAGGUGACAGCGUAUAGUUGGGUAGAAAUCAAACACAAGAUUCAUGUAUUUACAGCGAAUGAUAAUAGUCACUCAGAGAGUGGAAAAAUUAUGUCAAAAAUUGAUGAGUUGGCGGAGGAGAUGGAAAAGGAAGGAUACAAUGCUGACACCCGUUGUGCCCUUCACAAUGACGAUGAGGAUAGAAAACUGGAGUCUCUCAAAUAUCACAGUGAACGCCUAGCGAUAGCAUUUGCAUUGAUCAGCACACCAGAAAGUUCACCUAUAGUGGUGAUGAAGAAUUUACGAGCUUGCACAGACUGCCAUUCUGCAAUCAAAGUGAUCUCGAAGAUUGUUGGGAGGGAAAUAACAGUUCGAGACUCCAGCAGGUUCCAUCAUUUUAAAGAUGGACUUUGCUCUUGUGGGGACUUUUGGUGACAUUUUUUCUCAACUUGGCAUUAUCAUAUGUUAUCUGUAUAUGCACACAUGUUAUAUUUAAAAAGCUUCCCUGGUGAGUGCACAAUAUAUCGUACAUCUUUGUGAGCAACGUAGCUUUCAUUUGAAUGCAAUUGAUUCUCCUAUAUUUCUUCUCAGUUUGAUUUUUCUUUUUGCUUUUUCCUCCUUGGCAGAGUACUUGGAAGGUUUUAAUUAUUUUCUGUAUAGAAUUCAUUUUUCACUACAUUCAUUUCCAAUUAUCAGUCUUAUCUGUGGUGCCGUUGAAGAGAUUGUUCUGAAUUUUAUUUUCUCUGGUGGUUGCAUCACAUGUGAGUGUGUGACUGAUUUGAAGGUGUGUUGUGCUUGCUUGCGAUGGUUUUCCCUCUGAAGUGGAAAAAAAAAACGGUUUUGAAUCUUGAUAUGGACAAUGGAGUUAAAGCAUGCAGCUAGGAAGGGCCUAUUGACACCAUUAUAAUUAUUCGGAAAAAUAUGCCUUGAUGCUCUGCCAAUCCAGCCGCCGCCUCUCAUCAUCGAACAAGACAGACAAUGAGUGGAGUUAUGCUUCUUCUCUACAGCAUAUGAUGGCCCCAGAGGUGGUUGCCCUGGUGGGAAAAGUAUCUAGCAGUUCUGCAGCUAAGGAUGAGAAGUUCUGCAGUUUUCCGUAUGUGUGCCUUAUGGGGAAUUUGCUUCUUCGAAUAUAUUGCCUACUAUCACUCACGAUGGGAUCAUACAGGCUAGGUAGGACUGAAAUGAGGAGUCUGCAAUCAAUCAGCAAUUAGUUUUGGUAAUUUAGAAGGAUGUUUGUUGUAGCAAGUAGGAAGCCAUGAGAGAGAAAUCGAUACUAAUAGAAACAAUCCUAGUGCAUUUAGAAAAUAAAUAAUUACAUGGAUCAAUUUGUGCCCACCUCAGGUUUAAAUGAUGUUACAUAUAUAAGCACUCGCUUCCAGGCACAUCUGCAACCUUGGUGUCCUGCGUCCUGCGUCCUGCUGCAAGGCAUACUGCACAGGUGGUUGAAACGACCAACUGUUCCUUUUCUGAUAUUUUCUGUGAAUGAUGUGCUUGAAUUGCGAGGAUCAGGGGCUGUCCUUUUCUGAUGGUAAAACCGCCAAGGGGACAGGCCAUUUGGUAAUGCGAUUGCUCCAAGUAUUAGUACUCUAGCCAAUCUAAAUGUUCAACAUAUCUUUUGAGGCAAGUUUAUAAUGUAUCUCA